AUGGAUGAGCUGGGUCAUAGCGAAUUGGGUGUUGUGGAGGCUGUCAAUGAUUUGUGGAAGAGGGAAAGAAGGAUUUGGGGAAGGCAGUCGCCUCAUCUUAAUAAAAUUUAUGGUGCGUUUGGUACGAGGGUAAUGGGUGUAAUAGUUAUAAGGCUUGGACACAUUCACGACCUUGGAGGCUACCAUUGGAGCUUGGAGAAAAAUGGGGUUUACAAGGGGGUUUCUUCUCUCCUAUUUUAUCCUGGCUUGUAUGGAAUAACAAGGGUUGGGGAUAGAGGCACUUUUGAUGUAACCAGGAAUGGAGCAUCGGAUAGGAUAGAGAAACCAAUUGUCAACAAUGAGUUUCGUUGUUCUCCUUUCCACAUCGAAAUGCACAACGGGUCAAACUAUGCCAUUUCAAUUCCCAUGCAGCAUGAAGGACAGAUUGAGGAGAUUCUUCAGCGUCUAAAAGAGAAUUUGAGCUUGAGUUGGAUCGUGAUCGACCCGAUUGUGAAGCGGGCGGCCAAUGUGUCUUCAAGGAGUCCGAUUUCGGUAGAAUGGCCUUGCAAUAUAGCAAGAAACUUCCGACUGUAUUACUCGACUAUCAUGGUAGGAUAUGGACAGCUAGGAUUGGGAAUGGAAGCGGAGUUGGUGGAGUGCAGGUUAGUGGUCACGUGCAGUGGGGUUGACGAAGGGGAAGUGCACAUGGAGGAGGUAAGCAUGGAGAUAAGGGACAUUGAAGGAAGGAGAUUUGAUGGGUGGGGGAGUUUUGUAAUUUUACAGGAAGCCUAAGUCAAAGGGGAGAGAAAGAG